AUGUUAGCAAUGCAAUAUUUUCUUAAGUUUGCGCUUCAAGGAUUCUUCGAACUUUUUGGAGGAAUGUUGAGGUCUUGGAUCGCCUCCGGUUCUUUAACUGUAGACUUCAAUAGCAUCAGUACAGUUGAAGACGAAAGCAUUGAAUACUUCGUUGUAUACCAUCCAUUCGCGCUGACCCCCAAAAUAUUCAGUCCAGCUUCAAUUCUUCGAUCUUGGGAAGAUGAAAAUUAUGUUGAGGUUAGUAUCGCCUCGAAUUCUCUAACUAUAGACAGUAGCAGGAACUAUUAAUAUUCACUGAAGACGAAAUAGUUGUAUAUUAUCCAUUCACCCUGACCAAAAAACUACUUUGUUUCAAGGCUUGACUAGAAUUCUUUCGAUCUUCUGAGGAACUGUUGUGGAUGGGGACUAAUUUACAAUAGCAGGAAGUAUAAAUGAAAACGAAAGUUAACUACCUGAAUACUUCCUUGGAUAUAUACCUAGCUUUUGUGUAUCAGAGGAUUGUGUGAAAUUUUCCAAAUAAACUGCGCAAUCUAUUAAUGUUUGCAAAGUAUCGGCUUAAGUAAAGUUUUGUAUCAUUAUGUAGGCGUCAGGUACUAUCGGUAUAAGUGCAAAUAGCCAGAAUAGCGACAUUAAUUUUUGAGGAUUGCGUGAUUCAGCUAUCAAUACUCCUCGAAGCCGGCUUUGCAAAACGGAAACUCGGUUAAGUAAAUAGCCAUUUUGACCACGUUUACAUCGGAAAUUGAAAGAAAAUGCCCGAGAAAAUGACUACGUGGUGGAAUACAUAUUAAACUGAACGCGACUUUAAUAAAGAAACUGGCCAAGUGAUCAAGUUAAAAAACUUGAUAACUUCUGCGUACACUGAAUGUUUAUCCAUCUACGUAGAGAUGCGUCUUAGGCCAACUUCAGACGCCGAACUUUUCAUGAGCCGAACCUAUUCAAUAUAUUGAAUUAAGUUUAUGAAAAGUUCGGCGUCUGAAUCAAUUAGGAACGCCUGUUUCAAUUUGGAUUUGGAACUGUUCAGCCGUUCUUUCCGCCUAGCCCGGUCCGGAAUUUCGCCUUUGGAGCGACUUUGGAACGGCUUUGAUUCAGACGCCGAACAUUUGAUGUACCGAACCUAAUGCAUAAAUUAUUAUAGCGUAUUUUGUAAGCAGUUUGACCGAAAUGAGCAUUUUCCGCCUUUUGAACUUAGUUCUGCUCGGCGUCUGAAUCAAUUCAGCCGGUCUAAAUAAUUUGGGUCGGCCUUAAUUCGAAUUAUCUUCGGCUCAUGAAAAGUUCGGCGUCUGAAUCUGGCUUCAGGGACAAGCUGGAGUUGUCGCGUAUUUUGCAGUAAACGAGCCACUGGGGCGAACUGGAGGUUAGUUUUACCCCGUUUGAAACUCGUCUUUUAGCACUCGGCCUUUAGGUGUAUUAGUGUCAGCUUUUAUCCUGAAAAACUGAGUUUGAGUUGACGAAAAACGAACAAGAGGACGUAAUGGGCUCUACAUCACUGUAAACGCCGCGACCGUUCACUAGUACGGUAUCAAAUGACCUUGCAUCAGUGCUUGGGUAAUUACUAAAAUCAUUACACUACUGCUGACGGUUCGACAUCCAAUAAGAUAGCUUUUUUAUGCUUACAUUGUAGGAUCAGCAGCCAUUGACCAAUCAGAAAGCUCUCCUGCCACGACGUCAUCGGAUGACAUCACCGUCAACCAAUAACAAACUUCGUCUUUGCUGA